AUGAAAAUAAGUUUCAGCAUUAAAACUGAGUCUAAGAAGGUCGAACCACCAAAGCCUGCAUCUAUUUUUAAAGAAUCAUCUUCACUGGCCAAUGAUAGUGACGAUGAAUUUAAACCUAUAAAAAAACUAGCUAUACGAGGAUUUCAAAAUGGAGAAGUCGACGGGGAAAAAGAAAGUGACGAUGAAGUUAUAAUUGAUUUAUGCCAGCAAAAAAAUGAUUGGAAAAUACAAAAAUUAAAAAAUCGUCUUAAAGAAGAAGGUCUUUCACCAGAGGAAAAAGCAAGAAUUUUAAUAAUUUUGGAAUCAAUGGGUAGUAGUGAAGAAGGUAUGAAUGUUGGUGAAGAUACUACAAUAAUAGAAGGAACAAACAUUGUUGAAGAAAAUGGUGAAGAUGCAGAUUACAGUAAAGUUAAAGUAAAAGAUUUUGGAAUGGCACUUUUAAGAGGCUGUGGUUGGAAGAAAGGUGAAGGUAUUGGUAAAGACAAAAAAGUAGUUAAAGUAGUCAUACCUAAAAUAAGACCAAAAGGUUUAGGGCUUGGUGCUGACCCAAAAAUUAAAAAGAAAAAAGUUUUAUCAGAUGAUGGGAAAACUAUAGAAGAAUUAGAAUUAAAAAAAGGAAGUUUCGUAAAAAUUCUCCAUGGAAAGUACACAGGUAGAUAUGGAAUUGUUGAGAAUAUAAAUGUUGAUCUCGUUCGUGUAUUCAUUAAAUUAACAUUGGGGGGAAACAAAGUUGACGUUAGUCAAUUUAAUAUAGAAGUUGUAUCUAAAUCAGAACAUGAAAAAUAUGGGAAAGUUUUAAAUAAAGAAAAAUAUGAGAAAGUGAAGUACGAAAAAGAAGAAGAAAGGGGAUCUACAAAAAAAAGAAAGACUAGUUGUGAUAGAGAACGUUCAAGGAAAGAUUAUGAAUCAGAUAGCGAAGAUGAAGGUAAAUAUAAAAAAAAGAGAAAGUCUUGUAAUGAAGAAUGUGAUAGGAAAAGAGAAAGAAGAAAAUCUCAUGAACGUGAUUAUAGAAGAUCACGUCAUUAA